UUCCAAGGAGAGAGAGACUCACCGUUGCAUGUUCCAAGGCUCAUCUGGGAGAUAGAGAGAGAACCCAGUAGGGAGAGAGAUCAAUUUCAUACAAAUAGAGAGAGAGACUCAUUUGGGAGGGAGAGAAGGAGAGAGAAAUAGACCCGUUUGAGGGAGAGGCAGAGGGGGGAGAGAGACCCAUUUGAGAGCGAGGAACAAGGAUCAAGGAUCAACGAACAAGGCAGCGGCUGACCUCCUAUUCCCAGGAUGAAGAGCAGGAACAACUCCGAAAAAUUCUCACCCACAUGGAUUUUCAUUCUCUGUAUCUUCAGCUUCGCCCUUGGGAUGCUUUUCACGAACAGGAUGUGGGUUGCACCCGAGUCCAACCGUCAGAUGAUCUCCACCCAGAGACAUGAACAAGAAUUACAAAUCAUUUCUGAGGACUGUACAUCAAAAAAGAAGGUUGGGCAGGAUAAGGAUGUUAUGGGAGAGGUUUACAAGACCCAUGAAGCUAUCCAAUCAUUGGACAAGACAAUUUCAACACUUCAGAUAGAACUGUCUGCUACUCGGACUUCCCACAAGACAGGGAGCCUAGAAAGUUUGCCUGACGCAAUGAGAUCUUCUCAUGACAGUUCUCCUAGGAAGAAGGCUUUUAUGGUUAUUGGAAUAAAUACUGCUUUUAGUAGUAGAAAAAGGCGUGAUUCCAUCAGAGAGACUUGGAUGCCUAAAGGGCAAAAGCUCCUUCAGCUAGAGCGAGAGAAGGGGAUUGUGGUCCGGUUCAUGAUUGGUCAUAGUGCAACUUCUAGCAGCAUUCUAGAUCGAGCGAUUGACUCAGAAGAAUCUCAGCAUAAAGAUUUCCUUAGACUAGAGCAUAUUGAAGGGUACCAUGAGUUAACUGCAAAGACGAAAACCUUCUUUUCCAUGGCAGUUGCACAAUGGGAUGCCGAGUUCUAUGUCAAGGUUGAUGAUGAUGUUCAUGUGAAUUUAGGUAUGUUAGCUUCAACACUUGCCCGCCAUCGUUCAAAGCCCAGAGUGUACAUAGGAUGUAUGAAAUCUGGACCCGUUCUUUCUCAAAAGACUGUGAAGUAUCAUGAACCUGAAUACUGGAAAUUUGGAGAGGAGGGGAAUAAGUACUUUCGGCAUGCAACCGGGCAGAUUUAUGCCAUCUCAAAGGAUCUGGCCACAUAUAUCUCUGUCAACCAGCCAAUUCUGCACAAAUAUGCCAACGAAGAUGUGUCACUUGGUGCCUGGUUUAUUGGUCUCGAAGUUGAGCACAUAGAUGAUCGCAACUUAUGUUGUGGGACUCCACCUGAUUGCGAGUGGAAGGCACAGGCUGGUAAUGUCUGUGUAGCAUCAUUUGAUUGGAGCUGCAGUGGAAUUUGCAAAUCAGUGGAGAGAAUCAAAGAUGUUCAUGCAAGAUGUGGUGAAGGCGACGGAGCCAUUUGGAGCACUCCUUUCUAAAAGCAUCACGACAAAGACAAGAGGUUGGGAAACAUUAUCUUCUGGAAUUAUCCAUUAUUUACCUGUGCUGACAUGAAAGAAGAUGACACAACAAUUGUCCACAGCCAUGACAGAAACAGAAAUUACAAAUCUAAUAUGGAAGUAUGAGCUCUAGGCGGGGAAGCAGUUCCUGCCAGUGGCAGGCUGCCACUGAAAGUCUGGAUGUUUUUAAUUUUCAAUAUUUAUUCUUUAUGUGAUUAGGAUCAUAUUACAAUCUCUAAAAAGAACUAGUUUUUUUCAUCAGGACUUGGUUGUAUCUUGGGGUACUGAAUAUAGAAUUAAGAAGGCAUGGAAGUGCGCUUAUGAAGGCCCACUCUGCAAUCCUGUGCUUGUAAAACCAUUACUUGAAUACAAGUUACAAUAAGCAUUUUUGUACGCCGAAGAACAGCUCAUUUGCUGAAAAAAACAUGAGAGCCUAAUCGAAAAAACCUCUUGUAAGCAGUUA